UCUCCAGCCAUUAAGGUGGUGGCAGCUUGGUCCCACCCAAAAUCUGUGUAAAAGCAUCCGUUGUUCUGGUGGACUUUGCCGCGGUCAGACGCUGCAUCAGAGGGACUCUGUACUUUUAGUUAAUCUGACUGGACAUUCAACCUGAAGAGGCAGCAAAACAGCGGCCAACAGGCGAGAGAUAAUCCAACUUUCAGCUCUUUCAAACUAUGGAAAAAACUGUGAAUAGUUUUAAGACAAAGAAAUAAGAUCAGCUGAUUAGAUCAAGGCGCCCACAUGCUUCAGCAUCAUUUCCAGUUUCUCCUGAAGAGGAAUUUGGCACAUCAUUGUGAUAAAAGGGAUGAAUGAGGGCCGUUCUGCUGCCCUCCUAAGAAGGUGCCAACUUGCCUUGUCCAAGGCCGACACCCUUGGCUCUUCCUCUUCCAGAGCUGCUGUCUCUGUAGACGCAGGCGAUGGCGCGGCCGCUCAGCCAGAGAGUGACGGAGUGUUCCCCCUGUCUGACCUCUCAGACCUGUUUGAGAGCGAGGAUGGCUCCCCGCCAACUCAGGACACGAGUCAGCAGCUGGUUCCACCCGGCCAGCCUGCGGACAGCAGACAAAACCUGCGGAUGAAGUUCCAGGGUGCUUUCAAGAAGGGCAUUUCCAACCCCAUGGACUUACUGGAAUCUACUAUAUAUGAGUCAAAUGUGGUUCCAGGCCCAAAGAAAGCACCCAUGGACUCACUCUUUGACUAUGGUACCUGCAGGAACACCAGUAACCAGAAACGACGCAGGAAGAAGCUCCCGAGAGGUAAAACUGAGAUGUCCACUGAUGAUGGUCCAAGCCCAGACCCGCCAAAGGUGAUGAAAGUAUUCAACCGCUCUCUUCUCUUCGAAUGCGUGUCACGUGGUGAUCCAGAGGCCCUCGAGGGCCUGUUGGAGUACCUGCAAAGUCACGAAAAGAGGUUAACUGAUGAGGAGUUCAGAGAGCUGUCCACGGGUAAGACGUGUCUGCCUAAAGCCCUUUUGAACCUUUACAGUCAUCAAAAUGACACCAUCCCGCUGCUGGUGGACAUAGCAGAGAAGACCGGAAACCUCAGAGAGUUUAUCAAUACACCCUUCAGGGAUGUCUACUACAGAGGCCAGACGGCGCUCCACAUUGCUAUAGAGCGACGCUGUAAGCAGUAUGUGGAGCUGCUGGUGGAGAUGGGUGCUGAUGUUCACGCUCAGGCGAGGGGACGCUUCUUCCAGCCCAGAGAUGAGGGGGGCUACUUCUACUUUGGUGAGCUGCCUCUCUCUCUGGCUGCAUGCACUAACCAGCCUGACAUAGUGCACUACCUGACUGAGAAUCCACAUAAGAAGGCCGACCUGCGGCGCCAGGAUUCCCGCGGAAACACUGUGCUGCACGCCCUGGUGCACAUCGCAGACAACACCAAGGACAACACCCGUUUCCUCACAAAGAUGUAUGACCUGCUGCUAAUCAAGAGCGCCAAGCUCUACCCAGACUGCAGCCUGGAGAAAGUGUUCAACAACGAUGGCAUGUCACCUCUCAUGAUGGCGGCCAAACUGGGCAAGAUUGGGGUUUUUCAGCACAUUAUCCGACGUGAGAUCAAAGACGAGGAAGUGCGCCAUCUGUCACGUAAGUUUAAGGACUGGGCUUACGGACCGGUGUACUCCUCCCUCUAUGACCUGUCUUCACUGGACACCUGUGGAGAGGAACCGUCUGUGCUGGAGAUCCUCGUCUACAACAGUCGCAAUGAGAACCGCCAUGAGAUGCUGGCAGUGGAGCCCAUCAAUGAACUGUUGAGGGCCAAAUGGCAGAAGUUUGCUGCCGUCACUUUUUACAUCAGCGUGGUUUCCUACCUCAUCACCAUGAUCAUCUUCACCCUUGUGGCUUAUUACCAUCCGACACAGGGAACGCCUCCAUACCCUUACACAACAUCCACAGACUACCUGCGGAUGUCGGGAGAGAUCAUCACAUUAGCAUCAGGAAUCUUCUUCCUCCUCACCAACAUUAAGGACCUCUUCCUGAAGAAGUGCCCCGGGGUGAAGUCUUUAUUUAUUGAUGGAUCCUUUCAACUGCUGUACUUCAUUUACUCUGUACUCAUCAUAGUCACAGCUGCUCUCUACCUGUCUGGCAUUAAGGCCUAUGUGUCUGUGAUGGUGUUUGCACUUGUCCUCGGCUGGAUGAACACACUUUACUUCACCAGAGGCCUGAAGCUCACUGGUACCUACAGCAUCAUGAUACAGAAGAUUCUUUACAAAGAUCUUUUCAGAUUUCUGCUGGUGUAUGUGCUCUUCAUGAUUGGAUAUGCAUCAGCCCUGGUGUCCCUGCUCACCGUGUGUCCUCCCCCGGGCACUGAGUGUGAUGGGGGCUGCCCCACCUACCCCAAGUGCAGGGACCCAGACACCUUCAGUACCUUCUUACUGGACCUCUUUAAGCUGACCAUCGGGAUGGGAGAGCUGGACAUGAUCCACAGUGCACAGUAUCCUGCAGUUUUCCUCAUCCUGUUAGUUACUUAUAUCAUCCUCACCUUUGUGCUGCUGCUCAACAUGUUGAUCGCGUUGAUGGGGGAGACGGUGGGAGAGGUGUCGAAGGAGAGCAAGAAGAUCUGGAAGCUUCAGUGGGCAACAACCAUCUUGGACAUCGAGCGCUCAUUCCCAGUCUGCCUUCGCAAGUCUUUUCGAGCUGGGGAGAUGGUGACUGUGGGGAAGAACUCCGAUGGCACACCUGACCGACGCUGGUGCUUCAGGGUGGAUGAGGUGAACUGGUGCCACUGGAAUCAAAACCUGGCAAUAAUCAAUGAGGAUCCAGGCAAGAACGAGACCUGCCAAGCUAACGGGUUGCAGCAGAGCGUCAGAGGCUUGAGGAGAGACCGCUGGUCCACAGUGGUCCCGCGGGUGGUGGAGUUAAGCAAGGGCCCGCGGCCUCGUGAUCUGGUGGUAGAGAUGGAGCCCCUGACGGCCAGGCACUGACGCCUGCAGAGGACUAGUGCUGACCUUCUUGUGAGGAGACAGCAGAGAGCAAUCAGCAUCAGGGAGAUCACUCUGCUGGGGACGAUCUGGCCAAUAAGUGCACUAAUUUGCACAGAUGUCAUGUGCCUUUUGUUCAGAUGAAGUGUAGUAAAUAUUACAGCUGGACAGACAGACGACUGAACACACAGAAAGACACUGGAUGUACAAUGUCUUAAAGAGUCACUCAUCUAAAAAACACAUAAUAUAGUUGAAAAUACUUACCCUGGGAUUUAAAAAAAUGGAAAAAGUAGCAUUAAUGAAUGGAUUAAUUUGUUUUUACUUACAUAAGAAAAGGAAAUUUACUGUAAAAAUGUACUGUACCUCUGCAUUUCAGACAUCAGAAGCUGAUCACUCAGGGAUUUCGGAGUGUCACAAUAUUUCAGUAUUGCCAACCUCAUUAUGGUGUUACAGAAAACUGAAUCAUGGCUUUUCUAAUAGUAAGAAAAAGCAUAAUUACUGUAUUAUUACAUUAGCAAAAGCUUUGAUAAAAAUGCCAUCUACAAAUAUAAUCACAAUGGAAAGUAUUUCUUCGAGAAGACAGCAAUAAAUAUUUAUAGACUUAGACCUCAGCUUAUGUUUGCUUGCUUUACAUUUAAGAGUUCCCUAUAUGAUGUGUGCGUAAAGCUUAUAGUAUACUAUAUAUGCUGAUUUAAAUGUUCAUUGUUCAGGCUAUUGGAGUUUAGUGUAUAGAAACAGGAUAUAUCUGUUUUAUACAGUAUAUUGUCUAUAUUUUAUUAAUGAAAUAGUUUCAAAACAAGUCUUGGCUUGGACUGCGAGCUCAGGCUGCACAGCUUUUAUAUGAACUGAAACAAUGCACUAUGCCAAUUUCUUAUGUGUGUGUUAUUGUAUGAAUACAAAGACAUUGUUCUGAACAAGAUGUGCAUGAUGAGCAGGUUAUAGUUGUCAAGCAAAUAUGCAAAUGCCAGACAAUAGCCUCCCAUGUUAUGGUUUGUCUUUGAAUUUCCAGAGUUAUUGUUCCUUUGCAGCUGGGAUAUUUGCAUAAUCAACUCUCAGGCCUUGCCAUUAUGUACUUCCCCUUAUUUGCUGCAGUGUUUUCAUUGCAAUUGGCUCCUUGCCCUAUACAGAAUAUUGUGUAUGUAUGCUUGUGUUUGUGUUAUUGUGCUACAUGCCAGAGUUUGAUAAAGAGCAGAUAGGGCAUACAAUUCAUUUUCACAAAUUAAUUUCAGUUGAAGUUCACAGGUCAUUGUUCGCUAUGUUUACAUUGCUUUUAUAAAGAGACAUGUCUGUGCAUUUUUAUAUUGUUUGUACAUUGCUGCACAGAACAAUAAACACUGAAUUUAUUUUAUAAAGCACGCUGUAUUCAGUCUUUCAGAUCCUUUGUCUUUCUGAAGAUGUUUUCCAGUAAAUACUUCAAUAAUUGA